UCCGCAUGUGGAAUCAGACACCAUCAUGGCGGCUCAGGCUCGCGCUGUUGUCUCAGCCCAGUGGGUAGCGGACGCAAUCAGAAACGGCCUCGUAGGCUCCAAGAUUCGGAUCCUGGACUCGUCGUGGUACCUCCCGAUAACGAAACGGGACCCGAAAGCGGAGUUUGCCGAGAAGCACAUCUCGGGCUCUUUGUUCUUCGACAUCGACGAAUGUAGUGACCGCAGCUCACCGUACGGCCACAUGUUGCCCACCGGCAGCCACUUUUCUCGCUACGUGGGCGAGCUGGGCAUCGGCAACGACACGCACGUGGUAGUGUACGACACGAACAGCUUCGGAUCGUACAGCGCCCCCCGCGUAUGGUGGAUGUUCCGACUGUUCGGCCACAACUCGGUGUCGGUGCUGGACGGCGGCAUGAAGAACUGGUUGGCCGAAGGGCGCCCGGUGACGUCGGAACAAGUGAAGCCGGAGCGCAGAGACUUCCAGGUGACCACGAAGCCUGCGUGGGUGAAGACGUACGAGGACGUGCUGGACAACAUCGGCACCGAGAAGAUCCAGGUGGUGGACGCAAGGGCGGCCGGCAGGUACAGGGGGCUCGAACCGGAGCCCCGAGAGGGCACACUACCAGGCCACUUCCCCGGUGCGAUCAACAUGCCAUUCACAUCCUUCCUGGAAGCCUCUGGAAAGUAUCUUGCAAAUGAGGACCUGUCCAGACUGUUCAAGGAGGCCGGGGUGAAACUGGACCAGCCGCUGUGGGCCACCUGCGGUUCGGGCGUGACGGCGUGCCUUGUCGUUCUGGCCGCUCACUUGCUCGGGCACCCGGGGGUGUGCGUUUACGACGGCUCCUGGGCUGAGUGGUUUCAAAGGGCAUCUCCUGAGAACGUCAUCUCAGAGGGAGCGGGAAAGAAGAUGUGAAGCAGGAAUCAAUGUUAACACACAAAGCAAUACGUUCGUCACAAGCUGAGCGAAUCAAACUACAGUAAUUGGUAAAACAGUUGCACAUUUUAAACUGCCGAUACACAGUUAACGUGUUAUUCAUUUAAGAAGAGUUAUAGUUGAAGGUUGCGACAGGCUGCACAAAAAUGCAGUGAAGCGCUCUUAUGUACCACUCUAUGCAAAUAAUCUAUUUCAAACAGCACAAGAAAUGCUUAUGGUGCACGAAGCACUGUGCUCAUGGUUGGUUCUUAAGUGACAGUCGUUUAUGCUGGCUGGACUGGUGGUUCAAGAACAAAGUGCACUUUAUAAUAAGAGGAGUCGUCUUUAGCAAAUCCAUUUAAACGGUCAUGCUCAUGGGUCAUUCUCAUUAUUCAUUAACCAGAAAAGUAAAUAAUCUCCUGUUCUUUGGGAAGGGUUUGCAGGAGCCUCAAUUUCAAAAUAUUGUAGCUGGCAGAAACACAGAUUAUAUCACCAUUUAUGUUAUGAAAUACAGUUUGAAAUGUCACGCGUUAGUGAUUUUGCUGUGUGGGCCAGCAACUGUUUGAUGUCAACAAAAUGGACCUGUACAAAUUGUUGAGAAGACGUCGAAGCAUUUGUAGAUAGCCACAGUGCUAAGUAACAUGGUGAGGCAGUAAAACUACUGUUUUUUGUUGUUUUUAUAUCAUGAUGAUAUUUUUCUCAAUUAUGGCCUCAACCGUCGGCGAUGCGUUGAGAAAACGAAUCUGGCAAUUUGCUAUUUUUUUCAUUUUAUUUUUUAUUUUUUAAAUCAUUUAUUCUUAAGGGUAGCGUAAGUUGAGCUUGUACUUCUCUGGGAGGGAUAUCAUUAAUAUUGUGUGCAGGGAAUGUAUAAACUGUUGGUGCUGUCUCAUUUCUACAGUUAAAAAAAAAAUGUGCACGUAACAAUGGGAUGAUGAACUAUUUCAAAAAGGCAACAGUUUUCCCUGGCCGUCUCUCUGGCGCCCACCAGCGUUCGCGGUGUGAACUACUGACGCCAACGUAGCACUUUUGUUGCUAGAUUUUGCAACUUUUUAGACUAACCUAACAACUACUUUUACAAUUUAUUUGGCAACUUUUACCGACUUUUGAAAGGUGACUAAAACGGACGCCAUUUUCCUUUGAAAUAACAACAUAUUUUUCUCUGUCACACACUCAGAACACAUUGACCUGCUGCCUCGCUGAAAAAAGUGCAUUGUGAAUAAUGUUAAGUUUUGGGGAGAUUAAAUCAUUUAAAAACAUUUAGUUCAGAGUGCAAUUGUUUAGUUAGAAAGUCAUACAUAUGGCAUUAACAAUCUAAAAAAGGCUAAACCUUUGGUAAUGAUAGUAGAUAGUUGUAAUACUACUAAUGCACUCAAUUAGAACAGAUAAAAAUUGGUUUACAUUAGUUGUAAACACGUAUUCCUCCGGUGGCUUAUUUGCCAAAUGUAUUUAUGAUUAAACAGUUUAAUGUGAAUAUAAUAAAUAUGAUUUUUUAAAAAAACUAUUAUAAGUAAUAUAAAUAAAUCAUGUGUAUUUAUAUUACUCCUGCAAAUAAAAAUGUGAUAACA